GCGUUGGCGAGACAGGCUCCAGUUCCACAGAUCCGCCUCCCGCUUUUCACGAUGACCACAUCCGUCCCUGGGAAAAAAGGCCGAGCAAACUCUCAUGCCCACACAGCUACAACACAAGGACAGGAUGGAGCUUUUGGAGGAGGACCUCACGUGCCCAAUCUGCUGCUGUCUGUUCGAGGACCCGCGCGUUCUGCCCUGCUCUCACAGCUUCUGCAAGAAGUGUCUGGAGGGUAUCCUGGACGGUAACCGGAGCCCUACAUGGAGACCACCGUUCAAAUGUCCGACCUGUCGAAAGGAGACCGUCCACAACGGCAUCGCGAGCCUGCAAGUCAAUUAUUCCCUACGCGGCAUCGUGGAGAAGUACAACAGGAUUCGAGUGAUGCCGAGGAUGUCUCAGUGCAGAGUUCACAAUGGGCAGCCGCUCAACAUCUUCUGCGCUACAGAUCUGAAGCUCAUCUGUGGCUUUUGCGCCACGACAGGUGAUCAUAAAGGACACAAGUUUUGCGCACUGGAGGAGGCGUACGAACGGGAGAAGCUCGCGUUUGAGGAGUUGUUUCGCGUCGUGGAGGGCUGGAAGGGCGCGGAAGUUCAUUCGUGCCUGGAAUCGUUAGAGAGUGCAAAGAAGAAAGCGCUGGAGAGGGUCUCGCGGGACGCGGAUCGAGUCUCCGAAUACUUUGACAAACUUCUGCGCACGCUGGAGCACAAACGGAGCGAAAUCCUUUCGGAUUUGGAAACUUUGAAGCUGGCAGUCAUGCAGACCUUUGACCCCGAGAUCAACCGGCUGCGCUCAGCGCUCGAGGAGCAGCGGCGCGCGCUCAACAUCGCCGAAUCUUUCCGUUCGCUCUCGGAUCCGCUCACUUUCCUCCAGCAGAUGCAGGACUUCAGAGAAAAGCUGCGCGUCAUUCAAGGAACACCACUGCCGUCACGCACUGACAUGGAUGUGAGUUUGUCUGCCCUGCAGAGCUUUGAUGUGAAUGAAUGGGACCGGGUUCGCCUUGGACAGGUAGACAAACUUUGCGCCCCCUACGAGAGCAGCGCGUACCUGUCAUCUCUGCCCCCGGCUGCCGCUCCGCGGUUCACCCGUGUGAUGUGGAGAGUUGUUCUGGUUGUGUGUGCGUGUCUACCCGCGCUAAACUUUCUUCCGUCGGACUGUCUCGCUCUGAGCUUCCAGGAUAAAGUGGUUGCACUCGGCGGGUUUUCUUUGCCCAGUCCCGGAGAGAUUGUGCGCUGGCUCGGGUUCUGCUGGAAAGAAGCGGCCUCGAUUUGCACACUACUGACCGAGCUGUGUCGGAACUGUAUGUUGGACCUGAUAAACACAACAUCAGAUUUCAUCAGCUGAUUUUGUAACUCCAUUCAUUAGGUACUUUUUAAAAACAAAUGUAGCUACUAUAAUGUGCCAACCUUGAAUAUCCUGUCGAUUUUUGUAGCAUUGGGAAUUUUAGUUUCUAUUUUUAAAUGUGUAACAAUACGUGGGCUAUUAAAUUGCACAUUUUCUGUUGCCAUUAAUUACAAAAAGUAGAUGGAUGGUCUAAUAAUGGGGGAACAUUCCCAUAACUUAAUAAAAUAUAUUGUUACAAAA